AUGGCUGAUGAGAAACCAUCCAAAGGUGUUCGGGUCCACAUGGUGAAGUCGCUGGUCAGGACCGUUCUGGAUGGCAUUUUUGAUGACUCGGUGGAAAAUAAUGUGUUAAAUACCUAAGAGUUACACACUCUAGGAAAGUGUGUGAAAAUCAUAGUGCACAACGCUGAAAACCUGGUUGAUGAUAUCACUGAGACAGCUCAAACUGCAGGCAAAAUGUGUAGGGACCACCUGUGCAAUCCCGAAAAACAGUUGAGUUUAGCUCCUCUGGAAAUCCAGGGUGCCCAACCCAGUGGCAGGUUAAAGCUUUGCCCUCAUGCUCAUUUCCAUGAACUGAAGACGAAAAGGGCAGAUGAGAUAUAUCCAGUGAUGGAGAAAGAGGGCCGGACACGCCUGGCCCUCGUAAUCUGCAACAAAGAAUUCCACUAUCUUCAUAAUCGAAAUGGUUCUGAACUUGACCUUUUGGGGAUACAAGAUCUACUUGAAAACCUUGGCUACUCGGUGGUUAUAGAAGAGAAUCUCACAGCUCAGGAAAUAGAAACAGCCCUAAGGCAGUUUGCUGCUCGCCCAGAGCACCAGUCCUCGGACAGCACAUUCCUGGUGUUUAUGUCACAUGGCGUCCUGAAUGGAAUCUGUGGAACUAAGCACUGGGAUCAAGAGCCAGAUGUUCUUCGUGACACCAUCUUCGAAAUUUUCAACAACCGUAACUGCCGGAGUCUGAGAGACAAACCCAAGGUCAUCAUCAUGCAAGCCUGCCGAGGCAAUGGUGCUGGGAUUGUUUGGUUCACCACUGACAGCGGAAAAGCCAGUGCAGAUACACAUGGUCAGCUCGUGCAAAGUAACAUCUGCAAUGAUGCUGUCACAAAGGCUCAUGUGGAAAAGGACUUUAUUGCUUUCAAAUCUUCCACACCACAUAAUAUUUCUUGGAGGCAUGAAAUAAGUGGCUCUGUCUUCAUUUCCCAAAUUAUCUACUACUUCAAAGAGUAUUCUUGGAGUCAUCAUCUAGAAGAAAUUUUUCAAAAGGUUCAACGUUCAUUUGAGACACCAAAUGUAGUGACCCAGUUGCCCACCAUUGAAAGACUAUCCAUGACACGAUAUUUCUAUCUCUUUCCUGGGAAUUAAAACUCAUAAAAAGCAACUCAGGAAAAUGAAGGCAUUAUGGUGUCUAUGAAUCUGCUAUAUGUAAAGGUCAAUUUUUGAUUAAGAAUAUUUUUGUAUCAAACUGCUCGCUGUCCACCUUUUGCAAAUACCAGGCUAAAAUCAAUCUCAUAUUUUUGCUAAAUUAAUGCUUAAUAAAUUUU